AUGUGGGUGAAAAGGCCUAAUGCACACCACUUGGUAUCCAAUGUACCAACACUUCUUGCCCAUAGUCUGGCAGUUCUUCAUUGUUAUUGGCGACAUCCUUACAGUUGGAUAGCCCGAAUUCAAAAACUAUCCCAAUUGGGCAAAAACGUCCAACUAGACUUCAUGCAGAGCGAGACAGGGAAAAUGGCAAGUGACCUUGAUAUUUCAGGUCUACGUGCCAAAUAUAAUGUUAAUAUGACAGACGAAUCCGAUGCUUCCACAGGGGAACUGGAGUUUAUGGUAAAUAUGGCAAUUUCCUUCUGGAAACAACAAAAGAUCCAUUAUACAGAGUUAAAUGUGUUUGUCGACAGGCUCCAGGAAAGAGCAAAAUUCCUGGUACAGGAUAAAAAGGCCUGGGCUGAAUUUUCGAGAGUUAGAGAGUCAAAGUAA